AUGGCCCCCAGGCUCUGCUCGCGGUGCCAGAACUUCGACAUCCAAUCGUUCAAGAGGGACACGUUCAGACUGCGUGGUUAUCCCCUCGUCGAAUUUGUCAAGAGCGCCAAAUCUGGCUGCUCCUUCUGCAGUCUCGUGCUCCAGAACCUCGAGGCUGCCGAGCUAGACCAUGGCACAAAAAAUUCCCUCCUGGAAAUGGCCGCCCGCCAUGUCGCCGGGGAAUCGCCGCACAGGCUGUUCUACUCAGAUACUUGGGUUACGUCUAUGCUCUCGUGGAUGUGGCCUCCUUGGCUAAAUAUCUAUCCGGUACGGCAUCCGGCUGCCGAAGAUCUGGAAACCGGUGACCAAGAGCAGGACGCGCUGCAAAUAUGCGAGCUGCGGGCAUUUGUGGCUGUCGUUCUAGGCUCCGAGAUACUCAGGCAGGGGGCCAGCCCCGAGAUUCAUCUCCAUGUCGCCGCCGACCCAGGGACGCCCGCGCAUUCGUCAAGGGACAUAGUCGGCCGGAUCGAGAUGGGGAGCUACUCGUGGACCCCGAACCAUGCACAGUCUCUGGCACUCUGGCACCAGAGGUGUUCGCAAAGCCACCGCAAUUGCAGUCUUGCCCUGUCGCGACGCCACCCAAUCGGCAUCGGGACGGUACCGCUCCCGACUAGGUGUGUCGAGAUUCUGCCUGUUUCUGCGGACGACUGGAUCGGCGGCCCCGACCAGCUGAAGUUGGUCCUGAGAGAAACAGCAGGCCAGUCCGGGAGAUACAUCGCUCUUAGCCACCGUUGGGACCAGAAGACGGAGGCGACGCGGACGACCAGCGCCAACUAUUCCUUCCAGAAAGAAAAGUGUCGCGGCACACCCCUGUUUUACGACGCCGCCCGCGUCGCUGCCUCGCAGGGCACCCGGUACAUCUGGAUCGACUCCCUGUGCAUCAUCCAGGACAACGUAGAUGACUGGGUUGCCGAGUCCGUCCAGAUGGCCGACUAUUACCAGGGCGCUUGGCUCACCAUAGCUGCUACCGCGAGGCACGAGACAGGCGGAAUUUUCGGCCCCCUGCAGGCGCAGGAAAUCAUGCGCCUGGCGCGUCUCCCCGAGAACGUUAUCCGAGGCCCGCUGUUCCGGCGCGGUUGGAUAUACCAAGAGUUGGUGCUCAGCCGGCGCCUCCUGAUGUUUUCGCACAGCUCCAUCUUUGUCUGGUGCUCGGAGGGCACAAAAACACUGUCCGGUGACUUUGUGGAGCUUCCGGAAAGCAGUACCAACCAACAAACCGUGGACCGCGCGUUGAGGUCCUCGGUAUUUGAUUUGGAUACAUUCGAUAAUAUCGUGUCCGCAUGGGAGAUCAUCGUGGAGACAUAUUCUGGCCUGGAAAUCUCGCUAAUCGAUCAGGACCGGCUGGUCGCCCUGGCCGGAGUCGCAAAGGAGUUCGGGAAUGCAAUACGGGCCCUGCAAACCGCCGGCCAGUGGCCGAGAUUUGAUGCUUCGCACCGGUAUAUUUGCGGGAUGUGGGAGUCCGGGCCCAGGGCGUUGUUAUGGGAGCAAUUUCCUUCGAUCCCGGGUCGACGCACCCGGCUGCCCGGCAUCCCGACGUGGUCGUGGGCAUCCAUGGAAAUGCGUGCCCCGUCGGCGCCAGGUGAGGGAGAAGGAAGCCAGGUGGCGAGAAGAGGCAUGGGAGUGCGGUGGUCCGACAAGCAGGGGGGAUUACGCACAAGUCGGAAGCUCAAGAGGUUGGAAUGCGACAUCUUGAAAGUCGUUAGAAUACCUGUUGAUCCACACAAGUGGGAGCCGCAGUUCGAAGCGCGCGACGCAGAGAACGCGGUAUCCACGGCGCUCGACGAGCACGGUAAUUACGCCCGGUUCUUCGCGCUCCGCCUGCGCGGACGGCUCCUGCCCGCGCUCGUCCACGACUUCUUCCGGAGCGAGGAAGACAUCGCCAUAGCCGCGAGCGUUACGGACUACAGCGCAAAUUUCGGGCGGUGCCUCUGGCGGCGGGUGACCACGGUGGAGGAGCCGGACAGUAUCGUCGGCUGGGCUUCACUCGAGCACCCUGAGUACCAGGGCCCCGACCCGGAAUCUCCCCCUGAAGACCUUGGCCAGCGCCAUCAAGAGCAGAACGCCGGAAGUGGCGAGGAUCAAAGACAGCAAGAACCCCGCCAGCCCGAAUAUCUCUUCGCUUUCGUCGUUGAGAGCAUGCCAAGGACGCCCGGAGGGUUUGGUUUUGGUAACCUGCGGGGAUAUCAGACCUCAUUCAAGGUGUUGUACCUGGCCCGCAAGGAAGUUCCCGCAUUUGGGGAUGACGAGUGCUUCGAGCGCGUCGGUACGGGUAGACUUUUUGGCAACGAUGUCGAAGCGUUGUUUCGAGGAGCCGAGGAGAGGAGGCUGUGGUUGGUUUGAAGCGGAACUGGGGUUAGAGAGAGAGAGCGAGGAUGCAUAGGUAAAUGCGGAAUGCUUUUGGGCAAAUCGAUUUGGUUAAAAUGCUUUAAUGAGCUGAGAUGUGGGUUGUGGGACAAACGAAAAGGGAGAAACUGCGACAAAUGGACCGA